CAGUGAGAAGUAAAUUGUAAGUAAUUUGUCUUUUUUCUUUUUACAGAUUGCUCGAGUUACCACAAUAAUAUUAUUAUAUUUAAAAAAAAAAUGGAUUCUCCCCCAUCAUCAUCUAAUGAUAACUGUAACGAGGGUACCACCAACAGCGACAGCAGCAGCAGCAGCAAUGAAAGUAGCUCUCAGAGCCACCUCAUCAUCAUCUCUUCAGAGCAACAGCAACCCCAAUCACCAACGGCAACGGCAACAGCAGCGGAAGCGCCUCUAGAUCUCAUCAUGCCAUCCACCAGUUCGCAAGAAAAGGACGAGAACAAAGAAAAUCUUAACCCGCUCUACUGUAACGAAGAUGCUUAUGAGAGUGACACCCCCGCAAGGAGGAGGUCAUACAAUCAAAGAAACAAAGACAAGUGGAUAAAGGCGUUCAAUACAAAUAUGCUGAUAAGUAGAUGGCGCCACCGGAUGCCGCUACAUAUUUUUAGAGCAGACGUAUCGACACUAUUAAAGCGUCUAUAUAUUGAAGGACACCUCGACGACAUUCAUGUUUACCUGAUGACCGUAAUGUGGGACGAUAUACAUGAAGAAUUGGAAGGGAUGGUGGGUGGAGUAUGUCUUAAUUAUAAAGAUUGGAUUGUGUUGUUGGGGUGUGUUGAAGCGGAAGUGUUUUCGCGUGUUAUGUUUACCUUAAAAUCAUUCAACUAUCUACUGAAUGUAAUACUUUGUGUGGUUGGAUCAAUCAUCAUAGCAUCACCAGAUCAGGAUGAUGAUGAUGAUGCGGAUGAAUAUUAA